AUGAGUGAAAACGACUUUAGCGACGGUGAUGUAAGUGCCUUAAAUUAUGUUAGAACAGUAGUGAUAAUAAUACUGGUAGAUAAUAAAUUAAUAUUUAGCUGGACGUGGAAGGAGGAUCAUCGCCCAAUCCCUCAGGCUAUACACACUCAGACGACUCGAAGAAGAACGCCAGAGCUCAGCACAAUGCGUUGGAAAGGCGGAGAAGGGACAACAUCAAAGACAUGUACAGUUCAUUACGUGAAGCAAUACCUAACCUCAACGAAAGUGACAGAGUAAGUCACACUUCCCUUCCCUUUAAAAGCAUUAUUCUGUUUCAAAACGUUAAUUAAUUCAGGCUUCGCGAGCCCAAAUAUUGAAGAAAACCAUAGAUCAUAUACAGGACAGUAAAAACAGUCACACGGCUCUGGAAGGCGACGUGAAGAAAUUGACUGAAACCAAUGAAAGACUAAAACAAGAGAUUAUGGCCAAGAAGGCAGCGCUACAGAACGGCCAAGGAUGCUCCAAAAAUUGA